UGAAAGGUCUCAAUUCUCAACACAAUCAACGAGCGACGGCCGAAUUGGUGAUGGAUGAAGGCCGAAUCGCCGAAGCCAUUCAGCCAUUACCAAAAUUUUCGAGCAAAUAGCAGACUUACUGGUCAGUCAAGACUCUCUACUCUUAUCCUGAAUGCCCAUGGCGACACGUGUCCCCUUAUUGCCUUUCCCAUCAAUCCUCCCUAGUUAUGGCUGUAAAUACAGUUCCGUCGUCCCUUCUUCCCUUCUAGCCAUACCAAGGAAUCCAGGUAGUUCCACUCGCAUUCCUUCUUCUUCUUCUUCUUCAUCGGCAUUUUAUAUUCCAGAAAGGGGGAAUAAACGUUUCAGAAGACUCGCAGUGGUCGCUACAGCCAUGGCGGAUUCGCUGCCUCGAAGCACUGUCCUUGUUACUGGAGCUGGCGGUAGAACUGGUCAAAUUGUUUAUAAGAAAUUGAAGGAACGAGCAGAUCAAUAUGUUGCAAAAGGUCUUGUUAGAACAGAAGAGAGCAAGGAGAAAAUUGGAGGAGCAGAUGAUGUUUUCAUAGGAGAUAUACGGGAUGCAGAGAGUAUCAUUCCUGCAAUUCAAGGAAUUGAUGCUCUCAUCAUUCUCACAAGUGCCGUGCCAAAGAUGAAACCUGGAUUUGAUCCAAGCAAAGGUGGGAGGCCCGAAUUCUAUUUUGAAGAUGGAGCAUACCCUGAACAGGUUGACUGGAUUGGGCAGAAGAAUCAAAUCGAUGCAGCUAAAUCUGUGGGAGUGAAGCAGAUUGUUUUGGUGGGGUCUAUGGGUGGAACUGAUCUUAAUAAUCCGUUAAAUAACUUGGGGAAUGGGAAUAUACUGGUUUGGAAGAGAAAGGCUGAACAAUAUUUGGCUGACUCUGGCAUACCUUACACAAUAAUCAGGGCUGGGGGCUUACAGGAUAAAGAAGGGGGCAUCCGAGAGUUACUUGUGGGGAAGGAUGAUGAGCUUCUGCAGACUGAGACAAGAACCAUUGCUAGGGCUGAUGUUGCAGAAGUCUGCACUCAGGCAUUGAAGUAUGAGGAAGCCAAGUUCAAGGCAUUUGAUUUGGCCUCAAAACCAGAGGGGACUGGUACACCAACAAAAGAUUUCAAGGCUCUAUUCUCUCAAAUUUCUACUCUUUUCUGAA